GCCCUGGACGCUCGGCUGGCGGGGGCGGGUCUGAGUGGUACCCGGGGCUAGACCCUUUGAAGGGCCCGUGUGGGGACCCGGAGGAGGACGGUUGGUUGUGUGUCCGUGCGCGUGGGGACUCCGUGUGUGUUUGCAUUGGAGGGAUGUCGGGGGGGAUGAGCCGGGCUCUGCGCUUCCUUUCGCGCUGUGCCCAUUGCCUGGGGACCAACGACCCGCAUCUCUGCUGGGGAGACUCUACACAGAUCUAGCUCAAGUUACCCCUCCUCUGAGAAGCCUUGCUGCCCACUCCACUGACCUGAGGGGCUCCUGAGGUCGUAGCGUGUUUUAUGAGCGUUUACUGGCGGAGGGUAACGCGAGGUAUUGAAGGAUUAGUAGGAGUUCGCCAGGGAACUGCGACACGACCGCUUCUUGUAUACCUGGCUCCAGGCACAGAGUAUGUGUUGAAUAAAUGUGUUCCCUGCAGAUAAGACUUAUAAACCUGGGGGAGGAGACCUGGGAUGGUUUGAGAAAACCAGAUUCUCUUUCGCUUCCAUCUUCCCAGCCCUCCAGCACGCCCCAGCCGUCCCCCACCUACACCCGCAGUCAGUCCUAAACACUCUGACAGUAGUCUUCUUAAUGCCAGCUUCAGGCAAACCACUUUCCUUUUGGCCGCAAAGUAGAUUCCAAGCUUGGCCUUUAUCUUGUUCAUUUUGAUAAUAGUGGUACGAAGUAUUUAUUGAGUACCUCCAUCUCUAAGCCUUACAAUUCAUUCGUUUACUCAACAAAUAUUUAUUGAGUAUCUACAGUGUCUCAGGCACCAGUCUGGGGUCUUGGAAUACAUUGGUGAAUAUAACAGAGAUCUCUGUCCACACGGUGCGGGAAGGGGAGGUGUGGUGGUGAUAAACAAUAAGAAAUGAUACGAUAUAUAUUAGCAGAUCUUAAAUGCUAUGGGGAAUAAAAGGGCAGAGUGAGGAUGAGGUGUGGUAUUAAAUAGGAUGGUGGGAAUGGGCAGCCAAGCUGACAUGGGGGAAGAGCAUUCCAGGCAGAAGGAACAGCAAAAGUCAUAAAGCAAGAGCAUGCUUGUCAGGUUUGGACAGCGAGGAGGACAGUGGGGCUGGAUCAAGGUGGGAUAAGAAAGGAAAGGGGGUCAGAGAUGUAACGGAGAGAGGGCAAAUCACGAAGGAGCUUGUAGACCGUAAUAAGGAUUUUGGAUUUUACUGUAUGACAAAUGAGGAGCCAUUACAGGGUUUUGAGCAGAGAAAUGACCUAAUCUGAUUGAUAUUUUGACAGAAUCACUCUGGCUGCUGUGUUGGGAAGAGAUGUAGGGGGCGGUGGUGGAGCAGGAAGACCUUGUCAGAAGUUACCCAGAUGAUAGAUGGUGGUGACCUGGCCUCGCAGUGAGAGUGAGACAUUCAGGUUGGAUUACCUGUGGGUUUGAUUUGAGGACUCACAUAAAGAAUGAGCACCUGGAUGGAUGGUGUCGCUCUGAGGAUGAAGAAAGCUGAGGCUGGAGCAGGUGGGGAGAUCAGGAGUUCAGUUUCAGAAGAGAUUUUAUGUAGACAGUUUGACAUACGAGUCUAGAGUUAAGAAGGCUCCGGGCUGGGGAUAUAAAUUUGGCCAUCAUCAGCCUAUGAGCUAUACUGAAAGCUGUGAGAGUGGUUGAGGUCACCAAGAGAAUAAGUGUAGCUGCAGAAGAAGACCGAGGACUGAGCCCAGGACACUCCAACAUUAAGCAGAUGAGAAGAUAAACCAGUAAAGGAAACCGAGAGACCAGUGAGGUAGGGGGAAAACAAAGAGAAGGUGGUGUGGCAAUGCAGUAAAGAAAGUGUUUUCAGAAGGCAGUAGUCAACUAGGCUAUACGCUGCUGGGACGUCAAGUGAGAUGGGGAAGGAGAGUGGAACUUGGAUUUGGCAAUGUAGAGUCAUCGGUGACCUUGAGCCGUUUCAGGGACCAAGUGGGGUCAAAAGCCUGAUUGGAGUAGGUUCAAGAGAGAAGGAGAAGACAGGAGUUAGAAACAGAGUUAAGACAACUCUUUCCAGGGCCGGCCCUGUGGCUUAGCGGUUAACUGCGCGCGCUCUGCUACUGGCGGCCGGCGUUUGGAUCCUGGGUGCGCACCAACGCACCGCUUCUCUGGCCAUGCUGAGGCCGCGUCCCACAUACGGCAACUAGAAGGAUGUGCAACUAUGACAUACAACUAUCUACUGGGGCUUUCGGGGGGGGGGGGGGGGAGUCGGAGGAUUGGCAAUAGAUGUUAGCUCAGAGCCAGUCUUCCUCAGCAAAAAAAGAAGGAUUAGCAUGGAUGUUAGCUCAGGGCUGAUCUUCCUCACACACACACAAAAAAAGACAACUCUUUCCAGGAGUUUUGUUGCAAGGGGGAUCCGAAAAACAGAGUAUAGCUUGUAGAGAAAGUGGAAUGAAGAAAAGAUUUUUUAAAAAAUUUUUAAUUGUGGUGAAAUACACAUAACAUAAAACUUACCAUCUUAACUAUUUUGAAGUGUGCAGUUCAGUAGUGUUUAAGAAUAUUCAUAUUGUGUAACCAUUACCACCAUCCAUCUCCAGAACUCUUUAUGGUGCGAAACUGAAACUCUGUACCUGUCAAACAAGAACACCCUUUUCUCCCCUCCUUCUAGCCCCUGGCAACUACCCUUCUACUUUCUGACUCUAUGAAUUUGCCUACUCUAAGAACAUCAUAUAAGUGGAAUCAUACAAUAUUUGUCUUUUUUGUGACUGGCUUAUUUUACUCAGCAUAAUGUCUUCAAGGUUCAUCCAUGUUGUAGCACGGGUCAGAAUCUCGCUCCUUUUUAAGGCUGAAUAAUAUCCCAUUGUAUGGAUAGACCACUGUUUUGUUGUUUUAGAUGGGAAAAAUCACUGCACUUUGUAGGCUGAUGGGGAUGAUCUGGUAGGUUGAGAAAUCGAUGCUGCAGGGAGAUGGGAGAAAUGCUGGAGCAGUGCUUGAGCUCAUGAGGGGCGUGAGCAGUUUCUCCACAGUAGCAGGUGUGAAGGCAGAGUAUGUGGGCCCCAGUGCUGCGCACUGGGUAGAGGUGAUGGUGGGAGUCUGUGGAGGUCUCUUCUGAUGGCCGAAGUGAGGGAGGAGAAGAGGUGUCAAAUAAGACAGAGGGGGAACUGAGUGCACUGAGGGCCAAUGUGAUUGUCUGGCAGCAUUAAGGGCCCAUUUGAAGUUUACGGCCAUGAAUUUAAAAUGGGAAUUGGUUGGGAUGGUUGUGUGUUUUCUCAUAACGUUCAAUUGUACAGGUCUGUAGGCUCAGAGCAAGUGAGAGAGUUCUAUUUCACCAAUAUUGUAUUUUUGUCAAGCAUGAUUAAUGAUGCAAGAAGGGGCAAGAGAGAUGAAGAUAUCGCACAUUAACAACCUUAGGAAAAAAGACAUUUUCCACAUUUUACAGAGAAGAAACCCAAAGCUGGGAGAAUUUAAGUAACGUGCCCAGGUAACACAGCUAAGUAGUGCUAGGCUAGGAUUUAAAUUAAAGGCCGAGAUCAUUCUGCUGUACCGCACUUGUCCAGUGCCUAGGAUAGAAUCUAGAGAUUCUAGAAUAGAAUCAGAGCUCAAUAGAAUAUUGAGCUCAGUAGAAUCAAAGCUCAAUAAAUUGUGUUGAAUUGGAUCGCAUUGCUACUUCCUUCUGUUGCACCCAGUGCUGACUCAAGUGGGGAUGAACAGAAGCCACCCCCGAGUCCCUGCCCCCCUCGCAUCUCAUUGUCCUCCUUUUGUUGUGGCCUCUCCUGACUUGACAGCCCCUCUUCUUUGUGUCUCACGUUUUAUCUCUUCUGCGCACCCCUCCCCCUGCCAGCGGCUCCAUCUCUCCGCCCUGGGGCAUCAUCCUUGGGGAGAGGGGAGGAGGGGCUCCAGAAUGGCUGAGGAGAAGAAGCUAAAGCUCAGCAACACUGUGCUACCCUCGGAGUCGAUGAAGGUGGUGGCUGAGUCAAUGGGCAUCGCUCAGAUUCAGGAGGAGACCUGCCAGCUGCUGACAGAUGAGGUCAGCUACCGCAUCAAGGAGAUUGCACAGGACGCCUUGAAGUUCAUGCACAUGGGGAAGCGACAGAAGCUCACCACCAGUGACAUUGACUACGCGCUGAAGCUCAAGAACGUCGAGCCACUCUACGGCUUCCACGCUCAGGAGUUCAUUCCUUUCCGUUUCGCCUCUGGUGGGGGCCGGGAGCUUUACUUCUACGAGGAGAAGGAGGUUGAUCUGAGCGACAUCAUCAAUACCCCUCUGCCCCGGGUGCCCCUGGACGUCUGCCUCAAAGCUCAUUGGUUGAGCAUUGAAGGCUGCCAGCCAGCUAUCCCGGAGAAUCCACCCCCAGCUCCCAAAGAGCAGCAGAAGGCAGAGGCCACAGAACCGCUCAAGUCAACAAAGCCAGGCCAGGAGGAAGACGGACCCUUGAAAGGCAAAGGUCAGGGGGCCACUCCAGCCGAUGGCAAAGGGAAAGAGAAGAAGGCACCACCCCUGCUGGAAGGGGCCCCUUUUCGACUAAAGCCUCGAAGUAUCCACGAGUUGUCUGUGGAGCAGCAGCUAUACUACAAGGAGAUCACCGAAGCCUGUGUGGGGUCAUGUGAGGCCAAGAGAGCGGAAGCUCUGCAGAGCAUUGCAACAGACCCAGGGCUCUAUCAAAUGCUGCCACGGUUCAGCACCUUCAUCUCGGAGGGGGUCCGUGUGAAUGUGGUGCAGAACAACCUGGCCCUGCUCAUCUAUCUGAUGCGCAUGGUGAAGGCGCUGAUGGAUAACCCUACGCUGUAUCUUGAAAAAUACGUGCACGAGUUGAUCCCGGCUGUGAUGACCUGCAUCGUCAGCAGGCAGCUGUGUCUGCGGCCAGAUGUGGACAAUCACUGGGCGCUCCGGGACUUUGCCGCCCGCCUGGUGGCCCAGAUCUGCAAGCAUUUCAGCACAACCACUAACAACAUCCAGUCCCGGAUCACCAAGACCUUCACCAAGAGCUGGGUGGACGAAAAGACUCCGUGGACAACGCGUUACGGCUCCAUUGCAGGCCUGGCAGAGCUGGGACAUGAUGUGAUUAAGACUCUGAUUCUGCCACGGCUGCAGCAGGAGGGGGAACGGAUCCGCGGUGUCCUGGAUGGCCCUGUGCUGAGCAACAUCGACCGCAUCGGAGCUGACCAUGUGCAGAGCCUCCUCCUGAAACACUGUGCCCCCGUUCUGGCAAAGCUGCGCCCACCGCCUGACAAUCAGGAUGCCUAUCGGGCAGAAUUCGGGUCCCUAGGACCCCUCCUCUGCUCCCAUGUGGUCAAGGCCCGGGCCCAGGCUGCCCUGCAGGCUCAGCAGGUCAACAGGACCACUCUGACCAUCACUCAGCCCCGUCCCACGCUGACCCUCUCGCAGGCCCCUCAGCCUGGUCCUCGGACCCCUGGCUUGCUGAAGGUCCCCGGCUCCAUUGCGCUGCCUGUCCAGACACUGGUGUCUGCGCGAGCUGCUGCCCCCCCCCAGCCUUCCCCUCCUCCCACCAAGUUUAUUGUAAUGUCAUCAUCCUCCAGCGCCUCAUCCACCCAACAGGUCCUAUCCCUCAGCACCUCAGCCCCUGUCUCAGGCUCCACCACCACCUCUCCUGUCACCACCACGGUCCCCAGCGUGCAGCCCAUUGUCAAGCUGGUCUCCACCGCCACCACUGCGCCCCCCAGCACUGCUCCCUCUGGUCCAGGCAGUGUCCAGAAGUACAUCGUGGUCUCUCUUCCCCCGACAGGGGAGGGCAAAGGAGGCCCCACCUCCCAUUCUUCUCCAGCCCCUCCUCCAUCCUCAGCCCCCUCCCCACUUGGGAGCAGCGCUCUCUGUGGGGGGAAACAGGAAGCUGGGGACAGCCCCCCUCCAGCUCCAGGAACUCCAAAGGCUAAUGGCUCCCAGCCCCCCGGAUCUGGCUCCCCUCAGCCUGCACCUUGAUGCUGUCACACAUCUGCCGACCUUCUCCUCUCCCCCGAUUCACACACACACACACAUACGAUGGGUGGAAGGAAGCAGUACUCUGCUUCCCCCACAUUACUUUCUUUUUAGAUAUUGUACAGCCAGUUCCUCAAAAUAAAAGUUUGAUUUGUAA